UCGGCCAUGCCAGUGACACUCGGUGCUGGUGGUCUGACUUCUGGUUUGCAGCCUCGCCUCGUGCCAAGCCCAAUUCGAUGAGCAUCAGACUUCACAACCAAAGUUCCACAUCAUUGCCCGUACAUCUACCGACUCUACACUCGCGCCAUCACUCGUCGCCUUAGUUCAGACACACGACUACUUGAAAGUCCGUCCCGACGCUCGAGUGGACACAAUCGCUGCGAUGGUAUACAACUACAUCCUGCAGUCUCUCCGCGGGACAAACCUCGAAGUCUUUAAAUUCGGCAUGUACCUGGCCUUCCCAAUUGGAUACAUGUACUACUUUGGCACGAAUUUGGAGAAUCGUUUCUCGGUACCAGGUUUCUGGCCGACGCAAGAACAAAGUCACAAGAUCCCCUACGAGCGCGAAGAAAUCAAGGCCGAAGUCGAGAGGAUACAAGAACAGAUGAAAGAGCGGGAUAUGGAGAGGCGGCGAAGAGCAGACGAUGCAUUGAGUACGGCGAAAUUGGCAUUUCAAAGACAGGGGGCGAAAGAUGAGGCCGCAAGUAAAGCCUAAGUCCCGUGGUCUUGGUUAUAUGUAAUGAUGUAAAAGUUUGUGCUGCAUGGCGACGGAGUUUGGGAUGCCCUUCGGCGGGUUCAAGAGUUUGCAUACUGUUCAGCAUGUUACGGACUUCAUGAAUGAAGUUUAUUGUAUAUCAGAAGUACUCCUGCCGCGGCGGUUGAAAUACUAUACAGAGAUGCGCCAGGAAUGAUUAGAUCAAUGAAACAAGUCCACU